GCCGGGGCACAUGCUAAUCAACCCCAGGCGGCGGCCAAUCGUGGCGCGCGCCGAGGGUCCCGGCCGGAGGAUCUUGGACGCUGGCUAGCGCGCAGGCUCGCGUCCGGGCGGCCCCCGGCUUUUGCGAGCGGCGCCGCGGGCCUGCGAGCUGGAGUUGCAGCGGCUUCCUCGACCUGCUCCUCGUGUUCGGCGGCCGGCCGGGUAAAGCCCAGCCCGCGCAGCGGGCAGGCGGCGGCUGCCUCAGGCGGAGGCGGAGGUGCGGCGGAGGGUGGGGGCCGCUCCCUUCGCAGGAGCCCGGGCCGGCCCGCGCCUUUGCACCGUGCUCCAUGCAUCCGGAGCCCGCCCCGCCCCCGAACAGCAGCAGCCCCGAGCUUCCCCUCAGCGGCGGCAGCACCACCAGCGGCAGCCGCCGGAGCCGCCGCCGUAGCGGGGACGGGGAGCCCCCGGGGUCGCCGCCACCGCCAGCCGCCGUCACCUACCCGGACUGGAUCGGUCAGAGUUACUCCGAGGUGAUGAGCCUCAACGAGCACUCGAUGCAGGCGCUGUCCUGGCGCAAGCUCUACUUGAGUCGCGCCAAGCUCAAAGCCUCCAGCCGGACCUCUGCUUUGCUCUCCGGCUUCGCCAUGGUAGCGAUGGUGGAGGUACAGCUGGACGCCGACCAUGACUACCCGCCAGGGCUGCUCAUCGCCUUCAGCGCCUGCACCACGGUGCUGGUGGCCGUGCACCUGUUCGCGCUCAUGAUCAGCACCUGCAUCCUGCCCAACAUCGAGGCGGUGAGCAACGUGCACAACCUCAACUCGGUCAAGGAGUCACCCCAUGAGCGCAUGCACCGCCACAUUGAGCUGGCCUGGGCCUUCUCCACCGUCAUCGGCACGCUGCUCUUCCUGGCCGAGGUCGUGCUGCUCUGCUGGGUCAAGUUCUUGCCCCUCAAGAAGCAGCCGGGGCAGCCCCGGCCCACCAGCAAGCCCACCGCCGGCGGCGUGGUGGCCAGCGUCAACGGCAGCACGGGCGGCAUCACCCCGGGCCAGGCCGCCGCCAUCGCCUCCACCACCAUCAUGGUCCCCUUCGGCCUGGUCUUUAUCGUCUUUGCCGUCCACUUCUACCGCUCGCUGGUCAGCCAUAAGACGGACCGGCAGUUCCAGGAGCUCAACGAGCUGGCCGAAUUCGCCCGCCUGCAGGACCAGCUGGACCACAGAGGGGAUCACCCCCUGACGCCCGCCGGUCACUACGCGGGAAAUCUCUGCAGCCCGCGGGCAUGUCUUCCCUCUUCACCUGAAGUCCCUCCCAGAGCUGCACCCCCUCCGUCCCAAUCACACAGCACAAGCCCUGGGCCUAUGCCACCAGGUUCUCCUUUAUACUCCGGCUCUCAGGAACGGUGACCGAGAAUGAAGGCUGUAACAAGAGGGCCCCGAAAGCCAGCUGGGGAGAGGGUUACCCAGUGCUGGGAGGAGUGAGGUGCCCUCUGAGGGUGCCAAGGGUGUGCCCCGAGUCACCACUCGCUCCUCCUUGCAGAAGCUGCACCGGUUUGAGCAGUUGGGUGACGAACUUGAAUUUCUCCGGAAAGCUCUGGUGUGUUCCCUGCGGGGGCAAGGGGCUGGUGGGAGCUGGCGACUCCAAGAUGCUGUACCAACGCCCUGUCCUCAAACUGCACUGACCCCCACACCCCGAGGGGCUGGGACAGAUGUGAGGUGCAGGCCUGGGCCAAACCACCUAACUCAAGGGCAUUCAGGAGCAAACUGGUCUUCAAGGAAAUGAGUUUUGAAGGGAAGGAACCAGCACGAACCGGCUGGAUUGCAGGAGGCAAGAAACCCACCCUCUGUUCCUGCCCCUGAGUUCCUUGGCCAAAGGAGACCCCAGGAGCUGCCUCAACCACAUCGGAGGCUGGGGAGCAGGCCCGGCCCUCACCUGGCA